AUGGAGGAGACCCUGAAGGGCUCCUCCCUUAAGGAAGAGCAUUGUGCCAUGAUAUGCGCGACACUACAGGGCUUCCGGUCCGCAGGGGCCGGCCUCAAUGAGGUUUUCAAGAACCUCGUAACGAGCUUCGAGGUUUCGACCUCGGUUCUGAACUCCGUCUCCGAGGAGAUAGCGGAGAUGAACCAGAAGCUCGAGAGGUCCCAGGAGGACAUCAACCUGGUGAACCAGAGAUUCGAGCAGUCUCAAGCAGCAUUGGCUGAGCUUGAUACUUUCAAGGCCAAACUCAAAAAGGCUCGGCAGGAGGUGAAGCAGCAUGAGGCUGCGGACACGAAGGAGGAGAAGGCCCGAGCCACCGAAAAGGUGGCUGGAGACAAGGACCGGGCGCGUGUUCUCGAGGUCGAAGAGACCCUGAAGGGUGUGUUCGAAGCACGCGACAAGCUUCAAGUGCAGGGGCAGCGAACGAAGGAGGAGCUUGCCCAUGCUGACCUCAAGACCGUGGCCCGGGCGGCCUGCGAGGUGCUCCAGCAGUUGGAGCAAAUCACCUCGGAUAGGGCAACCGAGGUCGAGGACCUGAAGAGCGCCUUUGCCCAAGCCAAGGAGCACGCGUGGCUGAGCCAAGCGGCCGCUGACAAAGCGGCUGCGGAUUUAGAGGCCGAACAGGUUACAUGCCGUAAAUAUGAAGAGUGGGUGACUGAAGUAGAGCAGGCGCUCCAGGAUGCCGCCAACAAGUGUGAGGCCUUGGAGGAGAGUAAUAAGACCCAGGCGGCCGAACUCGCCAAGGCUCUUCAAGAGCCAAAAGAGGCGCGGACCGAGUCCCGGGCGGCUCCUGAGGAGAUCAAGCAAGCCGGACACAUAGCGUCUGGUAAGCCUUUUCUUUUACAGAGUAUAUUUUGUGGUCAAAGAUGUGCUUUGCUAAAUCGACUAUGGAGUGCUCCAGACACCUUUUCGGAUCUCCCAAGGAGUGCUGCCGACGCCGCACAGUAUUUCCGGGCCCAAGAAGGGAACGCGACGGAGAAGCUCUUCUGGUCGUGGUACCUGGCGCCGGAGCGGCCAGCGCUGCUAAACAACCAAAUGAUGUAG